AUUUAUUACUUUAUUUUUGGGUGUUUUUUUCCACAAUUUCAGUUUAGCAUUACUUCAUCCAUCAACCAGCCUGGUAACAGGACCUUCAAGUGAGGAUACUGACUCAGCUUCUUGUAUUAAUAAUGAAUGGAAAAAGUCAGCUUCUCAAGCUGAUUACAAUGAUCCUGCUGGUGGAAUGACUAGAUUAAGAAGUUCUAGAAUCCCUAUAAAUAUCAUUUACUUCAACUCGGAACAUAGGUCUUCUAGCUCACCACGACCUCUGAGAAGCUGUAGCUUGGCAUAUUCAAAAAGGUGCUCAACUAAUUCAUCUGACAUUAUUACCCAAAACAUUUUGGAUCAUUUUAUUCUGACAAACUCUUUACACACAGUUAAUAAUGUGAGGGCUAAUAAGGAGACCAAUGUGUACAGCUGUACUGGAAUAGCAGUUACACCAGCAUCCGGGAGAAUCAGACACAGUCCUCUUCUUUACUGCUGGAGAUGUUUGGUACAGGAACUACCAGUUAGUUGUCUUCAAUGCAAAAGGGUAUCUCCUGCCAAAGCUCAGUUGGGCAUACAUCCAAGUGAAGUGAUCAUAAGGAAUGAAAAAGAGCAACUAGCUCUUAAUACAAAACAAAUGGAGGAGAGAAUGCAAGAGUUAGAAAAUGAAUCUUUUCAACAGAUGAGUCAACUUGAAAAAUGGGGAAAGGAAUAUUUACAGGCUCCUGGCUUACAUGUGACAAGUUUUGUUAUUCUGGGUAGGAAUAUUUACAGGCUCCUGGUUUACAUGUGA